AUGAUUGGACAAAGCUUCCCGGAGGAUCUUGAUUGUGGCAACUUCUUCGACAACAUGGACGACCUCAUUGAUUUUCCCGGUGGCGAUAUCGAUGUCGGUUUCGACAUCGGUGAUUCCGACUCCUUCCCUAACAUCUGGACCACUCAUCCCGACACGUGGCCCGCCGCUUCUGAUCCUCUCUUCUCUUCCAACACCAACUCUGACUCAUCCCCUGAGCUCUAUGUUCCGUUUGAAGAUAUUGUUAAGGUGGAAAGGCCACCAAGCUUUGUAGAGGAAUCAUUGGUUGAGAAGAAGGAAGAUUCCUUCUCGACAAACACGGAUUCAUCGUCUUCUCACAGCCAGUUCAGGAGCUCAAGUCCAGUGUCGGUCCUCGAGAGCAGCUCCUCGUCGUCCCAAACCACCAACACAACCUCCCUUGUCCUCCCCGGAAAGCACGGCCGUCCACGCACAAAGCGCCCUCGUCCUCCGGUCCAGGAGAAAGACAGAGUCAGAGACAAUGUCUGCGGUGCGGAUUCUCGCCUCAUCAUUAGAAUACCGAAGCAGUUUCUCUCUGACCACAGCAAGAUGAUCACCAAGAAGAAGAAGAAGAAGGCCAAGGUUACUUCUUCCUUUUCCUCUUCCGGGGUUGACCUCGAAACCAAUGGAAACAACAACGUGGAUUCGUAUUCUUCAGAGCAAAACCCGCUUAGGAAAUGCAUGCAUUGUGAGGUCACCAAGACCCCACAGUGGAGGCUUGGUCCUAUGGGUCCAAAGACGCUUUGCAACGCUUGUGGCGUGCGUUACAAGUCAGGAAGGCUUUUCCCGGAGUACCGUCCCGCUGCUAGCCCAACAUUCACUCCAGCUCUUCACUCAAACUCACACAAGAAGGUGGCUGAAAUGAGAAGCAAGAGAUGCAGCGAUGGCAGCUAUGCAGCCGAAGAGAAUGAUCUGCAAGAACUGAUUCCGAACAGUGCCUACAUUGGCGUAGACUAA